CAACGCGGCAGUCGAAAUGGAACGCUGGAAGGGACAUGUCGCGGUAGUGACAGGCGCCUCUGCGGGCAUCGGGGCUUGCAUUGCCGAAAAUCUCCUACAGGCGGGUAUGAAGGUCGUGGGCCUCGCGAGGAGACUCAGCCUCCUCGAGGACAUAUCCAAACACGCCAACAAGCGCUAUCCGGAUUGCUAUUACCCGAUAGCCUGCGAUCUCACCAACGAGGACGACAUUAUCGCGGCGUUCGCCUACGUCGAGAAGAAAUUUUCCACCGUGCACGUACUUGUUAAUUCCGCGGGAGUAGUCGUCAAUGAGAAUAUCAUUGACGGCAGCACGGAGAACAUCCGGAAGAUUUUGGAUGUGAACUUCCUCGCGUUAACGAUAUGUGUGAAGGAGGCCAGCCGCUUGAUGCUAAAGCACGAGGUUCGCGGACACAUCAUUAAUAUCAACAGUAUCGCAGGACACGAGGCGACAAAGAUUCUCCUGCCGUUGAGUGCCUACUGCGCGAGCAAAUACGCGGUCACCGGCAUAACCGAAUCAUUGCGCAACGAAUUUUCCACCCUCAAAUGCGGCAUCAAGAUCUCGAGUAUCAGCCCGGGAGCUGUGAGAACUGACAUGUUACAGAGCAUUGGCUUAACCGAUGAUCUCUUCGACAAAUCAAUGAUCCUUGAUGUCCAGGACGUAGCCGACGCCGUUCUGUUUGCCCUCGGCACAGCACCGCACGUGCAGAUAAACGAGCUGAAGAUCACACCCUUGGAUGAGAUGAUACAGAAAUCCAUUGCAUGAAUCAAGCCUCGAAUGUGUGUGGGCGACCAAGUAGUAAAUGUGUAUGAAUUCUAAUAAAAAUUAUAGGUUGGAGGGGUUA